GCGGAGGUCUGCGGCCUGCAGAGGGUCCGCCGCCCGCCCGCCGUCUUCCCCUGGCCAGCCUCAGGAAUCGGCCUCUGGAGACGGGCUGUGAGCGACGGGAGCGGCUUUUCCCUGGAGAGGCAGCAGCACAUAUGCGAGGGUGGGCAGGAUGCCCAAGAAAAGGGUUUUUUGAAGUGUUGGCUGGCGGGUGCUGCUGUCUCAUGGACGCCAUCAGCCUGCUUCAGGCUCGUCUGGGCUGUGAAGCUGUUGUCCAGGUUUGUCAUCUUCGUCUUCUGCCUGAAGGAAAGAAGCAUUCGGUGCUGCAAGUUGAUUGAAUAAAAUGAAGAACACAGAAUAUAAUGUGGAUGGAGUUGCUUGAACACCAGUUCUUCUGAAGUAUAUGUUCUGUGAAUUGGUAGCCUGAAUGAUUGAUCAAUGAGUAGCACACACAAGAUUAUCAUCAAGAAAACAUCUCGUCUCUUGCUGCUUUUUGGCAGAGCUCAUGCACAGGCACAUCUUCUGAAAUGCAGCUGAAAAAAAUGAGGGAAAUUUUACCAACAUUGUACUCUGGCCAAGUUAAUGAUAAAAAUAAUUCUUUAACUACAUCCCCAAAGCAAUCUUCUGAGGAUAAAGCAAAUCCGUCAAAAGGGGAUGAUGGCCAAAACUGCUUUUACCAAGGGACUGAGGCUGAGAACAACAAGCUGUCACUGAUAAGCUGUACAAAAUGCAGAAGUGUUCAGAAAAUUUCAGUGCAAGACAUAGAAAAGCAUAAGACACCUGGGUGGAUCGAAGACAAAAGUUUCAUCUGCAAGAAGUGCAGUCACAAUACUCCACCAGCUUUCCAUUUUGUUCCUGAUGGUGCCAAUGCCGUACAGUUUGAGAAACAUGAAAAAAAUUCCCCAGAUCAACUCCAGAGAACAUUUAAAGUUAAAAACUUUCUGCCAGGUAAAUACUACUGUGAUAAAUGUAGAUUUUCAACAAAGGAUCCUUUACAGUAUAAAAAGCAUGUAGGCCAACAUGAAGAAAUCAAAUUUAUUUGUUCCCACUGUGGUUACAUAUCCUACACCAAAGGAGAGUUCCAGAAACAUUUGGUGAUACACACAGGAACUUUUCCAUAUCGGUGCCAGUACUGUGAGUAUGGAGCAGUCAGACAUGACUACAUAGUAAAACAUACAAGGAGAGUACAUGAAGCACCCUCCAAGCAGUUGGCAGGUGCCAUAGACCACAAGCAAAAGAAGCCAAGACAAAGCACUUUAACUGAAAAGCAGAAGUAUGAUAAAAUUCCUUUCCAGAAUGAACUUUCAAAUUUGUCAUCAAAGAUGCUUUCCAGAAUUCCAAGUAAAGCAACUAAAACAGUCUCUUCAUCUCCUGAUGUGGAAUGUAGCAUAAACACAGCAUCUGUCCAGGAUAAAACUGUAUUUGAGGUGUCUGAAAUGAGUGUGUGUGAGAAUCAAAGUGUGGAAGUUGAGGUUUAUUCCCCCAAAACAGAGCCUUUACAACCUGGGGUGCCUUUAACAGUAAUUGCACCAUCUGAACUUGUAGUUCCUUCUAACUGUUUAGCUCAGAUAGUAGAGAUUAAAAUAGUGAAUGGAGCACAACAGCUGGUUCUUAAACUAAUUCCUCUGCAGGAAGCAACUUACAAACCUGUGAAUGGUGCUGGAGAGGAACUUGAGAAUCAGAGUAGAGAGCCAUCUGCAGAAGGAAAAAAAACAUCUAUCUCUCAAAAUGAGUUACUAACCAUGGAAGUGAAUGUAGACAAAUUAUCCAGUAUUAGCAACCAACUUAAUUUGCAUAGUUCAUACGACAAGAACUCUGAAUGUUUUUCUGAUUCUCAACUCAUGGACUGUAACUCUGUAUCUACACAGAGAGAAGAUGCAUCAAAAUUAUGCUUUCAUUUGGUGAAAGGUAUUGAUGUUCAUUCAGGUGUUAUAGAACUUUGUUCUCCAUCUUUGCUAAUUAAUAGUACUGAAAAAAAAAAUGAUCUUCAAUCCUCAAGGUGGGAAGUAGGUGGAAAAAACAACGUGCAUUAUGACUUAUACUGUUAUGAAGAAGGUGUGACUAGAUCUCUGAAGUAUGCUGCUCUUUCUGGAGAUAAAAGUUCCAAGAACGUUUUAGUAGAGGCUGUUCAGGAGGGCGAGAAUUCUUCUUCCUUAGUUCUUAAACAAAAGGAUGCAUUGACUCUGAAAAUAGAUAACAAAGAAUGUAGGACUCUGCCAGGCAGCUCUGCAGAAGCACAGUUAGCUGGUAAGGGUUUUGACAAAAAAUCUGUUGUGUCAUCUGAAGCAGGAAAAGACUUUCCUGUCACUAAAGCUUCACCUUGUAAGGAUGUGACUUUUGGCUUUAGCAGAGUAAAGAGAGGUGAAACCAUAUGUCAACAAUCCAGUCAUCUUCUGGAAUCAUUAGAGCUUCAGAAGAUGCAAAACAAAGGCUGCACUUUUGAAGGACCUGUUAUUUCAUCUGUAUUUUCUCUUAGCUCUGGGGCUGAAAAUGUCCCAGAGGGUGUAAGAUGGGAUGAUGCAACAUGUAAUAAGAAGUCAGCAACAUUGCUGUGUAGAAAGAUUGCUCAGCUCAUAUCUGCUGCUGAAUACAAUGUGAAACCCAUGCCACUGAGAUGUCAGGCUUCUGGUAAAAAGAUGCUUUUCCCUCAAGAAGAUUCAUCAGGCUGUGAGGGACUUCUCGCAGCCACUGAAGUGGGAGAAUCUGCACCCUUACCUCAAGAGCAUGCUGGUAUUGAUGUGAUUAGUAGCAAAGACCACAAUGAAGAUGAGUUACUUACAUUUGCAAGAACAUCUAAAAGCAGAGUAACUAAAAACUCCCAUGUUGCUACUCCAGUGUUUAUCCCCAAAGGGACAGUGCUGAGAGUGCUGAAUGUUACCAGCAGUCCAAGCUUAAAUAGAGUAGAAAGCAGUAGUGAAACAGCAGCUCCUUCUGUGUAUUGCAAUGAAAUGUUUCUGCCUCGCCCAGUUCCUGUCAGCAUUUCGGAGACACUUAGCAAUAAUUUGCCAUGUUUGCCUAGUCAGAGUGAACCAAAUGCUGAGUCCCAGUGUAUGUCACUCAGACAAAGACCAAAGCGAGAGGCAAGCAUUAAAAAUAUCAGCAAAGAAAGUACUGUACCAUAUCAGAAAAGCAGUGAUGGGAAUAAACAGAGGAAACCCUACUCAAAAAGUCAACAAAGUCCCAAAAAUAAAGGAAAGCAAGCAGGCUUCAGGGAGCUUCCCAAGAAGAAAACAAGAACUCAGUCAGAAACCAGUUCUAGUUCAGACAUGUCGUAUCUGUUGACAGCAAGACGUCUUCGUCUUGUCCCUCUGAGAGCAAAUCAGUUAAUAAAAUGUCCUCGUCGUAACCAGCCAGUUGUGGUACUAAACCAUCCUGAUGUUGACUCGCUAGAGAUAAUUAAUGUCAUGAAGACUAUCAACAAGUAUAAAGGUCAGGUCCUGAAAGUAGUUCUGUCAGAAAGGACAAGUAGUUGUCUUGGUGUCAAGCGUUACCGAAAACGGCUUACUCUUCAGAAUGGUGAGACAGGAAAUCAAGCAAAAAAACAGAGUAUGCUGAAAAUGAAACUCAAAAAGACCCAUAAAAACAACUACCAGGUGGUGGAAACUUCACCAACUGAAACACUGUUUAAGUGCUGGUUUUGUGGAAGAGUAUAUAUGGACCAAGAAGAAUGGAUAAGUCAUGGGCAGAGGCACCUGAUAGAGGCAACCAAGGGCUGGGAUGUUCUUUCUCUUCCAGCAAAAAAACUUUGAGAGACUUAUUUUUAAUGAGUGCCACUAACUUGCCUGGAAAGCAAGACUGCAACAGCUACUUCAUUUUGGCAAAAAGUCUCGACAGUUAGGAAGGUGAAAGCAGAGUUGUAGAGACAGAGCAAAACCAAUGGUGAGGAUUAAGCACUACCUUGCACUCUCAUGUUUGAACAUUGUAUAAGAGGUCAACUUCACCUGUUCUGUAGGAGAAACUGGGAAAGAGAUUUGCUAUGCAAACAUUCUUCUAGUUACCUUUCUCUGUGCUAGGAUACUGCGCUUCAACUGGUUCAUGCUAGGUCUGUAUGCAUUGAUAUCCUAGACAAUGAGAUCUUUGUAAAGGGCUUAGUUUGGUUUAUUACAGCAUGGUGUUGCAGAGAUUGCUCAUACAUGUGCUGAAAAACACCUUUGAUCCUCUGGGCAGCAACUGUCUAUCAUGGGCUUUAGUGGCAAAUUAAGCACUGUGCAUAGCAAGUGAAACUUCGAUGCAAAUACACUGUUUCAGUGAAACAAAAACAUUUCUGCUGACUUCAGAAGAGAUACGAGGGUGUAGAUGGAGAAUCUGUGGGAUCAGAGUUAAUCCCACUAGGUCCAAUAGCACUAAGAAGUUUAAUUUUAUUUAGUAUCUUAGUCUUUACCUAGCCUGUAUUGUGUUGAUGUGAGAGCACAGAACACUGCCAGCUUUCCUUACUGUCUUUGUUCUGAAUGGGUAGGGCUGGAGUUAUCAGCCCAAGCCUUAUGGUAGGAGAGAGAAGUAAUAGUGAAACAUAAACCCUCUAGCAGCCUGUGUGUAGCUUGAUAGAAACACAUCUGCAGACCUGAGCAGUUGGUUAGAACUCUAGUUGGUGGGUUAAUGUUUAUUUACAGGGAAAACUUGCUGAAGGUGAAGAUUUAAAAAUGGAAAAUUAUGUUGCACAACUCUGACAGUGUUGAACCAGAUUUUCAGUGCAAUGUUUCAUCCUUAAGAAUUUAGAUAUUGUUAGAUUUUUUUUUUUUGGUAGACCUCAAUUCAUACAGGCAUGUGCCUAGUUAAAUGUGGAUGUCCAGUAUGUGUCUGCUGACUGCAGUGUGGCAUAAACACUGCUCAGUUGCUUAAACACUUUCCUAAAUCAGGGAUUUUGGAAAAUCCCUGCAAAUGUUUAGUUUUAUUGAAGAAGAGGGAUGGAUGUUACUGAAGUCUAGAUGUUUCUGUACAACAUGUUUUUCUUCAUCUUGUCAAUGUCAGUUCUAAACUUGUGUGGAAUGAAUUAUGUUGAAGCACAUAUUUACAAUUAAAAUAACUUCUUACAUUUUUACGAAUAAGGAAAUCAAUUCCGACUCUAAUGCUGGAUAUGUGUUCUAUGUUUGAACUAGGUCUACCAUUGAAAAACUGGUGGUUUCUAACCCUUUCCACUGUUGGUGCAUUUUUUGUAAACAGCUUAAGCUGGAAAUAUUUUUUUUUACAUAUAUACUCCAGCAAAAUGAUACAUUGUUUUGAUAAAGUCUGUAUCAUAUCUGCAUUGAAAUGUAAAUAUUUUAAAACUACAUCUGACUGAGGCUUAUUUUCAAAACCAGUUAAAACAUUACUUUCCCAUCAUUUUUCAGUACUGCUAAAAUCCUGCAGAUAGUUGGUGCUUUAAGUCGGAUCUUUUUCAUUAUGUACACAUAGGAAAUUUUUGUAUCAUUUGUAUCAGACUAAACAGUUCCACAGAACAAACUUUCUUUUGUCAGUAGUAACGAAAUGAAAGUUCUCAUUUUGUAUUCAAAUGGAAUUCUAUUUUUUUAGAUGGGUACACUAGAGGGAUUUGUGUGGGUUUUUUUUUUUCACUUCAUAUACUUUGAUGCCAAACCUAUUUACAUUUUUUGAUUGUGAAAAUAGCUUCCAUUUAAAAAUUUUUACCGUAUCACAUUUAAUAAAUACUGAAGUUGUUAAGGAAAACCCAUGGUUAAAAUUCCUCCUUUGUUUUAACUCCUUCAGUCCAGAUUGCUGUUUGAAUUAAUUUUGUUCCUGUAGAAGCUACUAAAUAAAUAGUUUUGAAUUUGCUUUGUAAGACUUGUCUAUGGCAAAAUUGGAACACUCGUGGAAUCUACUGGAGUAGUGCAGGGUGGGUGGGGAAGUGUUGCUGCUCGACUUUACAAAUCUGUGAAUUUACAAAAUUUCAGUGAACUAGUGAUGCUUGUCUUUUUGUCAGCAAGUUUACUGUUUUGGUAAACAUCUGCAAAGCUUUGUAUGUCACUGCCAUUAUCUUUUAAGCUGUGGGUUUUUUUCGUGGGUUUGAUUUAGAUUUUUUUUUUUUUUCUAGCAUGAAAAUAUUUUAUAAAUUAAAUUCUGUAGUGGCUAGAGAACUUUUAAAGCAGAUUACAUCAUGCAUCUUUUUAUUGGCUCUGACAAUCUUGCUUUAGCAGCUUCUGUUUUCUUAAUUUUCAUUCUUAUUAUUAGGUAAUGUCAGAACAAUUUCCUCCCAAGUUUAACAGUCUCAGUGGUUUGAGAGAAACAAUUACAAUUAAUGUUCUCUUGCAUUUUGAUGCAGCAUUGAGAAGUAAAAAUGUUGGAAGGAAGUAACAACUAAAUGCUAAAUACUUUCUCAGUUUGGGCUACUCCAUAUCACAUGGUAAAUUGGGUUGCAAUGUCAUGUUUUGGGCUUGGAUGCUUUUAUUCUUGUUCCUGUUGUGUAAAGAUUAAGUAACUAAUGUUGCUUUCCUGGUAUAUCCCGGUUACCUAUGUCAAACUUCUGAGUGUGCUUAGAGGAGUAUGGAUGCUUUGCAGACAAAUACUGAAGUUUGCCUUGCUUAUUUAUAAUGAAUUUAGUCUGGCCUUAAAAACUGAAAUGAUAUUAAUAAAUAUCACUGUAUUUUUUGCUGGAAGAAUACCACCUCGUCAUUUUUGAUGCACACUGAAACAUUUUCUUGCGGAGCUUGAAAUACAUAUACUGUACCUACUGAUAGUUUUUA